GCAAGCGAUUCCGUCCGCAACAGAAGAAGCUGGUAAGAAGAAAAGAAGGAAAUAAUUCAAGAUAAACUUCAAAUCACUUUCCUGUCUUUCAUAUCUGACAUCAAUUGUCCCUCAGACAAGAUGCAGGCUUUUUCAAGAUGUGCCAGACCUGCGAUGCAGGCUGCUAUGAGAAGACAAGGCUAUUCCACUUCGACCUCUGCUUAUGCUGCUACCGCGGAAAACCUUCGUAUCACUAAGGAUACCAGAGUUAUCUACCAAGGUUUCACUGGUAAACAAGGAACUUUCCAUGCCCAACAAGCCAUCGAAUAUGGUACAACUGUUGUUGGAGGUACAAACCCAAAGAAAGCUGGACAAACUCAUCUCGAUUUACCCGUUUUCGCAACCGUCGAACAAGCUGUAAAGGAAGCCGGUGCUACAGCUUCUGCUAUCUUCGUCCCACCCCCUCUUGCUGCUGCCGGUAUUGAGGAGGCUAUCGCUGCUGAAAUUCCUUUGGUUGUGUGUAUCACUGAGGGUAUCCCACAACAUGACAUGGUUCGCAUUACAGAUAUUUUGAAGACUCAAGGAAAGACACGUUUGGUUGGACCCAAUUGCCCAGGUCUCAUUGCGCCAGGACAAUGUAAGAUUGGUAUCAUGCCAGGGUUCAUUCACAAGCGUGGACGUAUUGGUAUUGUUUCUCGUUCAGGAACUUUGACUUAUGAGGCUGUCAACCAAACUACACAAGCUGGAUUGGGUCAAUCUCUUGUUGUUGGUAUUGGUGGUGAUCCAUUCUCUGGAACCAACUUCAUUGAUUGCUUGAAGGUAUUCCUCGAGGAUGAGGAGACUGAUGGUAUCAUCAUGAUUGGAGAAAUCGGAGGAUCCGCAGAAGAAGAUGCUGCCGAAUUCUUGAAGGAUUACAACACUGCUAAGAAGCCAGUUGUCAGCUUUAUCGCUGGUAUCUCUGCUCCUCCUGGACGAAGAAUGGGACACGCUGGUGCUAUUGUCAGUGGCGGAAAGGGUGGUGCUGAUUCCAAGAUCUCAGCCCUUGAAGCUGCAGGUGUUAUCGUGGAGAGAAGUCCAGCAUUGCUCGGAAAGACUUUACAUGCUGAGUUCAUGAGACUUGACAUGAUUUAAGGAUAUUAUUUUGUGAAUAGAUAAGGGGCGAUGAUGAUGUGCAUUUGGUUUUAAUGGUUUUCUUCAAUACCUCAUUCCUGUACAGCUAGCAAUUACCCUAUGUGUGCCAGUAUAGACUUUUAUAGACUUGUGAUGGAGAGAUAAUCUAGGCAAAGAUUUCAAGUGAUGAAUGAUGAAUGAUGAGUGAUAAUUCAUACUGUAUGUAGAUAGCGGAAGCUACCAGAUAUUGAUAAUUCUAUUCGACCUCGUUAAUAAGGCUUCCUGA